AUGGCAAUGGCAUCAAGAAAAUUAGUUUUUUAUAAUUAAUUUAUAUUUAAAUUAUUAUUAUUAUAGGAAUUAAAUGGCAUUAGUUACUAUUCAACGAUCGCCAAGUGUAGUUAAUUCACCUCAUUGCUCAUUAUCGGAUAUUGAAAAGGAAGAAAGCGAAGAUGAAAAUGGGGAUAGUGAAUGUUUCUUUGCUGGUAAAGGGACAGCAUUAAUUCUUCCUACAAAGGAGUUGCCAUCUACAACGAUGGAACGACGUCUUAGUACAGAAUCAAUAAAAUCAACAAAUAGUGUUCAAAGUAACAGCUCUGAUAUUCAGCAGCACUUACAACAAAUGUUCAUUUUGCUCAGACGUGAUGAAACUCUAAAAAUGGCUGUUAGACUAGAGUCACAGCGUCCCAAUCGUACAAGAUAUUUAGCUAUAGUAUCACGUUCUUACUUUCAAAACAAUCAUCGAUCAUUCAAAAAGUUACGUAGUAACAAUAAAGAGUCUGAUACAAAAUUAGAUAAACAAAAUAAAAGUAUUAAUUUAACAAUGAAUGUACUAGAAAAGGGAACCGUUUCUGAUACAGAAGCAAAAGAAGCCGGUGUGAUAGCAGGAGCCGGUGCGGCAGCUGGGACAACCACUACGCAACACAAAAAGAAACCUUCUUGUGAUUAUAAAGAUAUUGAAGAAUCAUGUCUUUUAGGAAUAGAUUGUAAUGAAAAAACUACUAUAGGUUUAGUAUUACCUAUUUUAGCUGAUACUACAAUUCACUUAGAUGGUGACGGUGGAUUCAGUAUUAGCGUAUUUGGAAACACACAUAUUUUUAAGCCGGUUUCAGUUCAAGCUAUGUGGUCGGCUUUGCAAUCUCUUCAUAAGGUUUCUAAGAAAGCUCGUGAAAAUAAUUUUUAUCCUGGGGGCCCAUCCCAUCACUGGAUACAGUAUUAUCAAUCAAUUGUGGAUUCCGAUAGAUCUUGUUUGAAUGAAUGGAAUGCAAUGGAUUCGUUGGAAAGUGUGCGUCCACCAUCACCCGAUGCCAUACGAAACAAACCAACCCAAAAAGAGGAAGCUGAAAAAAUAAUUAAAAUGAAACUAAGAGAAAUAAUGAUGUCUGUUGAUUUGGAUGAAGUUACAUCAAAGUACAUUAGAGGCCGCUUAGAAGAACAUUUGAAUAUGGAUUUGAAUGAAUACAAAUCUUUUAUUGAUAAAGAAAUGUUAGUUAUAUUAGGACAAAUGGACGCACCGACGAAGAUAUUUGAGCAUGUUUAUUUAGGAUCUGAAUGGAACGCGAGUAAUUUAGAAGAAUUGCAAAAAAAUGGGGUUAGCUACAUAUUAAAUGUAACAAGGGAAAUCGAUAAUUUUUUUCCAGGAACUUUUAAAUACUUAAAUAUUCGGGUUUAUGAUGAUGAAAAAACUAAUUUAUUAAAACACUGGGAUAAUACUUACAAAUUUAUAUCAGAAGCUAAAAAAAAUAAUUCAAAAAUUUUAGUUCAUUGUAAAAUGGGUGUUAGCAGGUCUGCAUCCGUUGUUGUUGCUUAUGCGAUGAAAGCAUUUAACUGGGAUUUCAACCAUGCAUUGGACUUCGUAAAAGCAAAACGUAACUGUAUUAAACCUAAUAAAAAUUUUUUAACACAAUUAGAAACAUAUCGGGGUAUGUUAGAUGCUAUGAAAAAUAAAGAAAAAUUACAGCGCAGUAAAAGUGAAACGAAUUUAAAAGCUGCGGUGAAGGAUGCUCGUUUACUGCCUGGUAGUGAGCCCACGCCAUUAAUACAAGCUUUAAAUCGAUCAUCAAAAAAUACGUUGUGUGCUGUUGAACAUUCAAAUUUAAGUAGCAAUAAUAGUAGUAGGAGUAGUAGUAAAGAAUCUCAUCGCAAAAUCGUUCGACGAUCAAGUAGCUCAUCACCCAAAAUAGUUCAAAACCCUAUCGUGACACUAAAACAACAAAGUCAAUCAUUGGAAAAUUUAACACCACAGCCAGAAAGUGCUAACAAUGAAGAAUUUCAAAAAAAUGUUCGUCAUACUGACGUUAAUGGACAAAACUAUAGUAUUACCCAAAAUCAAAUUUUGCAUAUUCAAAAAUCAACAGCUUCAACUAAUUCUGGAAUUGAGAUUUCAUCGACUUUAACUUUAUCAUCUUCAUCUACAUCGAUUUCUUCGACAACAACAUCUGCUCGAGUUGGAUCAACAUCCACGACAACUACAGGGAUGACCACAGUGACAAAACCUACCGUAAAAAGUUUAGUAAGUGAUCUUGAAAGUAGCAAUCAACCUGACAAUCGAAGGAAAACUAAAGAAGAUAGAAAGUCUUUAAAUUUAUUAAAUCUACAGCCCAUACAAAAUCAUCCCGAUGCAGAUCAAAAUAAAGUUCAAGAAGAAGUAGCCCCGAUAUCGGCAACGUCUAUAUCGCCUACUGCGCCCUUUAGAGGACCGGUUUGGACUUCAUCGUCAAAGGUCAUUCACCAGCCAUCUAAAUUAUAUUCUAGUACAUUUCAAAAAAGCACAUCAGAUGAUUCUAAUACAGCAAAUUUUACUCGCAAUGAUAAUAAGUUAUCUAAUCAAUAUAUAUCAUCCUCAUGUUCAAUAUCAUCAACAUUUAUUUAUAAUCAAGACAAUUCUUCCAACACUGAUAACAAUAACUUUUUAGAACAAAAUCAACAACAGCAUGCUUUUAAUGUUAAUAAUAGGUUAAGUUCGUGCAGUAUAGACUCUGCAUCAACCGAUACAAGUUCAUCACAUAUAUCUUCCCAACGGAAUAAAAUUGAAAGCAGAUCAUCACGAUAUUUGUCUUCUAGUUCAUUUGAAACAGCUAGUCGAAUUUUACCUUCGCGGAACGGUUCUUGGGGCUCAUAUGAUACAAACAGAAAAAAUUUCCGAUUUAGCAAUCCAGCUAUAGUUGAAGGGCAAGUAUUUGAUCGAGACAUUGCGGUCGAUAGAAAUACAGCUUCAACAUUCAGUAUAGAUAGAACUUUUCCAGGAAAACGUACUAAGCUAAAGUCUGAUUCAUUUAUUAGCAGAGAUGUAUCACAUUUUUUAUCUGCUGGAGGGAAAGAAAAAUAUCUUAGCGAGUGUGAAAUUGCAGAUUAUUCUUUAAAACAUUCGACUAAUCAACAACUUUCAGUAUCAGCACCAGAAUAUCCAAUAUCAUUAAAAAAAUCAACGGAUCGAAAGUUAAAUCGGUCAACAUCAAUCAUAGGAGCUGAAAAAAUAAGACUACCAAAUAAUGUUCAAAGUUUAAAAAAGAAUUUUGAAGCUAAAGUUAAUAAAAAGGAGCUUAGCUCUUUAGGAAGCGGGGGGGCGUCGAAUGUUACUAAGGGAUCAACAUCACCUUCACCGACUGACUCAUCGAUUACUGGCACUAGUAAUAUAACUACUGCUAAUACAGGAAACACUUCCACCGACAAUUCUAGGUUAUUAAAAUACAGUAAAGAUAGCCAACAAAAUGAUUUAAGUGUUAAAUGUCUAGUUAAUAAAUAUCAAUUUCAUAAUACUGGAUCUCGAAUCAAUCAACAGCAUCACCAUCAUUCAUCUUCAUCAUCUACAUCGACUUCAACAUCUUCAUUAUCAUCGACAUCAACUUUAUACCGUGGUCGCCCUCAUUCAUACUAUGAGAGUAGGACAAACAAACCAUCAGAUAUUGGCAAUAUUGGUAAUACUAGUAGUAAUAGUAAUAAUAGUAAUAAUAGCAAUAAUAGUAAUAAACAAAUUAUUAAUAAUAACGACUGUAGACCACCACCUGGUCCAUUAUUUAAAACAUCUUCAACAAAUAAUCAAAUAUCCAUGACAUUAAGUUGCCGUAAAUUACAACAGCACGGUCGUACCCAUCCUCUUACCAGGCUACCUAAACCGAAAGUUUGUAACUCACCUACUUAUCAUACAAUGUAAAAAUAUAAAACUAAUGAAUAAUCAUGUAGAACAAAACAACCCAACUGAUUUAAAAACUUUUUUUGUAAUUUUUCUGUGUUUUUUUUAUUAAGUUAAUAAUUAUUUUAAUCUUAAAGAAAAACAAAAAAUUGUAUAUAAGUAUAUAAAUUAUAUGUAAUUCUUUUAUUUUUACGUUUAUAAUAUCGAAAUUAAUAAUUAUUGCUUUUUAAAAGAA